GAAACUCAACGAUAACAAUGCACGGAGCAGAGUCAUCCCGGCGGGAGGGUAUUCGGCCUGGGUCUUCUUGAACCUCCCCCCUCUACCCCCCAACUCUUUUACCACACACACACACACACACACACACACACACACACACACACACACACACACACACACACACACACACACACACACACACACACACACACACACACACACACACACACACACACACAUGGCUUCCAUUCGGCUUCCCGCACAAUAGAGUCGGAGCGGCUCUGGAGUUCACUACUCCACCACCUAGCCUUCUUCCUACCGGGAUACUAUUUUGCAUCGCUUUGGUCUUCUUGCCACUUGCAACUUGUCCCGUGGGAACAGAUGGCGGGGCACGAGUGGGAAGACUGGUUCGAACGCGAGGAAUUCAUCGGGCAAAUCAGCGACAUCCGAGUGCAGAAUCUACAAGUGGAGAGAGAGGUGGUGCAGAAGCGGACCUUCACCCGAUGGAUGAACCUCCACUUGGAAAAGUGUGACCCUCCCACCGAGGUCCAGGACCUGUUCCGGGACAUCCAAGAUGGCCGUGUUCUCAUGGCCCUGCUGGAGGAGCUGUCUGGCUGCCAGUUGCUUCACGGCUUCAAGAAGUCCUCCCACCGUAUUUUCAGACUCAACAACAUUGCUAAGGUCCUCACCUUCCUAGAAGAGAGAAACGUCAAGCUGGUUAGCAUUGACGCGUCCGACAUCGCUGACGGGAACUCCUCAAUCAUCCUGGGCCUAAUCUGGAACAUCAUCCUCUUCUUCCAGAUCAAGGAGCUGACGGGGAACAUCCGAAGCCAGUUCCCCUCCACCUCCAGCCUGUCGUCCAUCCCCACCAGCUCCGACUCGGACACCUCCCACUCCAGCACCCCCUCCGAGGAGCGCCGGGGGCCCCCCCCCGGCCCCGGGCGCGCGGGCCCCGGCCGGGCCAUCAAGAAGCUGCUGCAGUGGGUGCAGAAACGCACGCGCAAGUAUGGUGUCGCGGUGCACGACUUUGGGAAGAGCUGGACCAGUGGCCUGGCCUUCCUGGCCGUCAUCAAGUCCAUCGACCCCAGUCUGGUGGACAUGCGGCGGGCCCUGCUGCGGACCCCCCGCGAGAACCUGGAGGAGGCCUUCAGGACGGCCCACUACACCCUGGGCAUCCCACGCCUCCUGGAGCCAGAAGAUGUCAUCGUCACUCGUCCAGAAGAGCAGUGCAUCAUGACAUAUGUGUCCCAGUUUCUGGAACACUUUCCCGGCAUGGAGGAGCCGGAGCAGCCCAGCCUGGUGAUCGAGCGCAGCGUGUCCAUGGGCCGCCUCGAAACGCGCGACCUCGACGCCGACCACCAGAUAAAGAACAGCCUGGACCGCAGCCGCCUGAAGAGGCGGGCCCACACCGUCGACCAGGACCGCCCGCCGCACCCGGCGCCCCGGAUCUUCCUGUCCUCCGUGUCGGAAGACCGGGGCGUGGUGGUGUCGCUCGCCCACACGCCGGCCCGCGCCGGAGCGCGCUCAUGGGCCAGCGAGGACUCCCUGCUGGACCCGGGCCCGGCGGCCAGCGGCGCCGCGGACCCCCGGGACCCUCGGGACCCUCGGGACCCGGAGGUGACGGAGGUGUUCACCGUCUCCACCUCGCGCUCCCCGGCGCCGUCCUACCUCCACUCGCCCGUCGACUCCUCCUCCGCCGUCGGCGACUCCGCCAUCGGCUCGCCCAACUCGUGGCAUGAGGAGGGCGACUGGGGGGCCGGGAGCCCGAGCGACGGCUCGCUGUGCGACAGCGGCACCGCCUGGGACGUCGGGGCCACCCCCGACCCAGAGGACCCUCCAGCGGACGAGGGCCCCGUGCCUUUCCCAGCAGACAACACACCGGAUGAGGCGCUGACCCCCGAGCUGUUUGUGGAUGAAGGUGUGGGCUCCUUGUGUUCCAUGGAGAGCUCCAAGGAGAGACAAGCACAGCUGGCUGUAGAACAAGGGGAGGGGCAGGAGACAGGCCAGGCCGACUUUGACAUUAACGAGAGCCAUUGGGCGGCCGUGCAUGUGCCUGAAGAGAACACGGAUGAGUACAAAGCAGAGCGGGAGCAUGAAGGAAUGAAUAGCAGUCCUCUUGGGUUGGGCCCAGACUUGCUGGAGGAGCCUCCUUCUCUGACACUCUGCAACGGAACAGAGAAGGUGAUCUCAGAGAAAGGUACCUCGUCAGCACCCGUGGGGGCGGACCUGUCACAGCCAGAGCUCAACACAAACUCGUUAACCUCCGACCCUUUCUUAGAAAUCAAAGAGCACGACAGUGUUGAGGCAGGUGGUCAGGAAGACAUUGAAUGUACAAAGAAAGCUAUAGACCUCAGUGGAGAAGCAGGAGUUAUUGAAGAACAGAAUCCUACUGAGACAGCACAUGUAAGCAGAGAAAGCAGCUUGGACGAGCCGGAAACGAAAGGGGCAUGUCAGAGUAAAUCUUCACCUCUUGAGGACAGACAGAAAAUGGAAACCAUGGAGGAAACAGACAAUGAUGAAGUCCAGAAUUCACAAACACAAGACGGGACAAAUGAAGGAGGGUUCAAUGGCCACGCAACCCUGAAAGAAAACACAGAAGUUCUUGAAACCCAUGAAUGUUCGCAUCCAGAACAAAUGGCAUGGCUACUGGACGAUGUGAUCCAACAAAAUUUAUUGUGCUCAUCCGAGUGUGGAAUCAUAGCGAAGGUAGAACUAGUUGAUGUCAAAGAGGAGCCUGUGUCUCCUUGUGACUUGUACUUUGACCUAACCUCGACGGUUAAGGCAGAGGUGGAUUUAGCUGCUGAAGCCAGGGAAAUGAACCUGUUUCUCAACGGCGGCGAUUCAACAGAUCCACACAACGGUUGCCAGGAAACCUCGAACCCUGCAUCCGUACACUUGGUAGAGGCGGCACAAGACGGAGACGGUCAAGACGGGGCCGAUUCCAGGGACCCUGGUGCCUCUGCCCAGGGGCCGACCACGAAUGAGCCCUCCGUGAAACACACCACGGUGGACUCGUUUUACGACAACACGGACAACGGUUCCCGUUCAGAAGAGCGGUUUGGGAAGGAUCUGGAGCCCAUGGAUCUGUUCUACCCAGACAAAGAGGACGCCAUGUUGGCCGAGCCCGCCGAGAGGGAGACAGAGUUCCUGCCCUCGGUCUUCGGGGUGUUCGCUCUCCAGCCGGCGCCGGUUUCAGACCCUCUGCUGACAGAUAUCGACCACACAUGGGAGGAGAAAGACGAGGCACUCGACGAAGACAUCGACGCAGGCAGUGGAGGGAAAAUGUCAAUAGAAAAGACGGACGAGGGGGUGGACAACGACUUGGAAUGCAGGCAGCUCCCAGGCUCCGCCUCCAAGUCACCUGCUGUGGUGAUUGGAGGAACGGGGCCACGAGGGCAGGUGGGACCCAGGGAGGACAGACUCCUCAGCGGGGACGAUGAUGAAGGGAGAGCGCACAGCGUCGCCAAGGGAAACACUGAGCCCAUGAGCAGUAAUGAAGAACAUUCUAGACAGCCCGGUGAUGACCUCAUACCUACCGUUCUCCGCCACCGAAAGGCCACCGGUGCCCUCAACUCCUUGGACAAGCAGAUGAUAGUGCCGAUCAUCAAAAUAAAUUCCAACAACGCUGACCUUGGGGAGGGCUCCUUGCCGGACCGAGAGCUGUACCUGCUGCUGCUGCUGUGGUUGCUGCUCUACUGCCUCUGGCUGCUCCCACAGAUGGAGCUCCGCGCACUGCCUGGUCUCCUGUUCAACCUGGAUCAUUAAAUACACACACACACACACACACACACGCACACGCACACGCACAGACACACACACACACACACACACACACACACACACACACACACACACACACACACACACACACACACACACACACACACACACACACACACACACACACACACACACACACACACACAGGCCCGUCAAUAGAACGUAGGGAUGCACUGAUGAGACAGGAUCUCUAUUGGAUUCUGUCAUUUGCGGGGGACACAGAAGGUAGAGGGUGUUAUUAAGGGUGUUGUAUUAUGAAAUCUAAAUUAUUGUUAUGGACAGUCACCUAGCAGGCUGGUAGAGACAUAUCACAUACUAUUCCCCGGCCAAAGGUACUCCCAUGUUAGUACUAUUUUAGAAAAGUACAUUCAUUUCCUGUUUGUUUCAUUUAUCAAAAUAGUCAUACGGUUCUUUCACACUGCCCCGACAAACACCACCACUCAACUAUAGGGUGUCAGUUAAAGAUGGUCAAUUCUGAUUUGAAAUGUACAGUAAGAGAAAUAAAGUAACGCCUCAUUGGACUACAAUCAGUGGCCCGGUUUGUCUGUUUGCGGACAUAUGACAUUAUAUGUCUAUACAUUUAUAUCAAAUCACUAAACUGAAACAACAAAACAUAUUAACUGUCGUGAGCCUUUUUUGCUCUCAGUGCAUCCCUGGUUGUAUAUUUUGGUCCACAAGAAAAACAUUGACACAAACAAAUACAUUAGCAUACAUCACACAAUAUAGUAAGAUAUUGUACAUUCAUGAAAACACUGGACGUUACCACCGACCCCAUGCACACAUAGGAAUCAAUCUACAGACCUUUAUAACCACAGAAGCACAUAAAGACACCAUGUUAGAUCCGGUCCACCAGGUCUUUUACAUUCUUGUUUGUCUCGGGGGGGAAAUUAAGGCAUUUAGAAAUGUUCAAAUUCUAACUAUAACUUUGAUGUUUUGUUUGUUUUGGCUUUUGGCAUUUGAUGUGGCUUGAUCCUGUUUUAAAGAUGCUAUUGUAACUUUAUUUACUGAAAACAGGAGAGCUAUUUGUUGCUGAGGGAAAGAGACUGGAAGAGAUGGAUGGAUGGCUAGAGGGAGAGAGGUAGAGAAGAUUAACGAAAUGUACAGCACAAAACUAUUUACUAGCAUAUAAAUCCACAAAUAAUGUUUUAUUGAAGCCCAUUUUACAUUAUGUCAUGGAAAAUGGCAUUUGUCAGGAACAACAAAAAAAUGACAACGAGCAUUACUUAACAAAUUUGAAUAUCGGAUUUUGACACUGCCUUAGAGCAACUAACUACUACUACAUAUACUAUUUUUUUUAAGAUAACUAAGUGACCUGGAUGAGGGGCGAACUAUGAAGUCUGUUGCACUUUGAAACACAGUACAUUUACUGCCAAAGAUCCAGUUUUAGAAAGACUAACCAUUCGAAUAGAAAACUGGUUAUUCUUUUAUUUACCUUUUUCUCAACACUUAAACUUACAAAUUGUACGCCAUCUUGUUAUAAUACUUGCCGCCAGCUCUCUAUUGUAUAUUAGUUAAAUAAGCUAAAUAAAUAUUUGUAUUAUUGUAUGGAUUGCUAUAUGGGUUGUUCCUAUAUCAAGGGGGGUAUUCAAGGAUUUAAUUACAGAAUUACUUUGUCCAAGCUUGCCUAUAGUUAGUUAAUGCUUAACACAUGUUCUUGAGGGACAUUCAUUUUGACUGAAGCUGUAUGAAAUGUCAUUUUAAAAUCCACUUAAUUUGGUCAUUCUUGUUUACCGUCCAUGUCUAUCCAAGCAAAAACAAAAGUGUUCCCACAAAUGAUACAAGAAUGACUUAAAUAUACUGUUUAUUAGGAAUGCUAAUCAUGUCUCCUCGAAGGGGGGGGUGCAAAAAAAGCCAUGCAUACAAAUUAUGUACAAAAUAGGUCGCCUUCAUUUGUGUGUGUGUGUGUGUGUGUGUGUGUGUGUGUGUGUGUGUGUGUGUGUGUGUGUGUGUGUGUGUGUGUGUGUGUGUGUGUGUGUGUUGUUUAUGCCCGUGGGACACAAUCUCCCCUAUCUGACUUUGAAAAGGACUGACCUAGUAAUGUGUGCCCUGCAAAUGGUCUUCGGUUUUGUAUUGGAACCUCAUUCUGUUAUACUGUAAUUGUUCAAAAAGCACCAGUCAAGUGCAAUAAAUUAUGUUUUCACCUUUUGUCUGUGGUUAUU